AUGGAGUCGUCGGGCGGUGGCAAAGGCUGCAUGCAGCAGCUGGCCGGCUUCAUCCGCACCCACAAGGGGAUCCUGCUCACCACCGAGAUAGCUCUGUGUAUACUCAUCUUGAUCUGCUACGGGGCCUCGGUGACGCUCGGCUACGUCUCCCUGGCCAUCUUCGAGCUGAUUUACACCACCGUCAUAUUUAUCCUCUUCGCUUUCGAAUUUCAUCUCCAGAUCACAUUUAUCCACUGGGGAUGGACGGAUUUCCUCAGGGCUCUCAUUGGGUCCGUGGCCUUCCUCAUCACCUCUCUCAUCGUCGUCAUAGGACACCGCGACGGGGCAGGCGUUGCUGCUGGGGUGUUUGGGUUGCUGGUGGGAAUUGUCAUGGCCUACGACGCCUACACCAUUGUACCGCAGCUGAGAAAGCAGCAUUCAGCAGUCCCCAACCCUGAACCGUCCGGAGGGAUCUGA